AUGUGUGGUAACUACUACGGAAACUCCUGUGGAAGCUGUGGAUACAGCUCAGGCUGUGGAUAUGGCUCAGGCUGUGGAUAUGGCUCUGGCUGUGGAUACGGCUCUGGCUGUGGAUAUGGCUCAGGCUGUGGAUACGGCUCAGGCUAUGGAUAUGGCUCUGGCUGUGGAUAUGGCUCAGGCUGUGGAUACGGUUCUAGAUGUGGGUAUGGCUGUGGAUACAGCUCUGGCUGCUGUAGCUACCGCUACCGGCCAUGUUCCUACAGAAGAUGCUAUUCCUCUUGCUGCUGA